UGUACUUUAUAAUUUUGGCGAAGGAGGAGAAGUUGGUUAAGAGAACAAAAGUUCGGGUCCGAGGAUCUUGCCGGAUCGGUUCUCUUCUCACCAACCUCUUCACCUCUUAUUCUUUCUGCUUUUUUAACUGUACAUUUCCUUCAGAUUCAGUACUUGGGCCUUUGAAUUUUCAUCUUUCGUUUUCCUCUUCUGAAUUCUCGGUCAUGGCGUCUGAACCCAAGAAGAUCAUAAUAGAUACUGACCCCGGCAUUGAUGAUGCCAUGGCAAUAUUUCUGGCAUUACGAUCGCCUGAGCUGGAGGUCAUUGGACUUACGACUAUUUACGGAAAUGUUUACACCACCCUGGCCACCAGAAAUGCCUUGCAUUUGUUGGAGGUUGCAGGGAGAACUGAUAUACCAGUGGCUGAAGGCUCCCAUGUUACAUUAACUAAAGGAACAAAGCUUCGUAUUGCUGAUUUUGUCCAUGCGGAUGGGCUUGGCAACCAAAAUUUCCCUCCACCUAAAGGAAAGCAUAUUGAAGAAUCAGCUGUUGAUUUUCUGAUUCGACAAGCAAAGAUUAAUCCUGGCAAAGUCACUGUAGUGGCAUUGGGUCCGCUUACAAAUAUUGCAUUGGCUAUCCAACAGGAUCCCGACUUUUCCAAAAUUGGCCAGAUUUUUCUUCUAGGCGGUGCUUUUGCAGUGAAUGGCAAUGUAAAUCCAGCUGCCGAGGCCAAUAUAUUUGGCGACCCAGAUGCUGCGGAUGUUGUAUUCACAAGUGGGGCAGACAUUGUUGCAGUAGGGAUAAAUGUUACGCACCAGGUUGUCCUGACAGCUGCUGAUCGAGAGAAGUUGGCAAGUUCGAAAGGCAAAUUUGCACAAUACCUGAACAAAAUCUUGGACGUGUACUUCUCUUAUCAUUUUGAGGCAUAUGACACUGCAGGCGUUUACCUACAUGACCCAACGACCCUUCUUGCAGCUGUUAAUCCUUCACUCCUAACUUACGCAGAGGGUACUGUUAGAGUCCAAACUAAUGGCAUCACGAGGGGACUCACGAUUCUGUAUAAUAAGCAAAAAAGGUUUGGUGAAGUUACUGAGUGGUCGGAUAAACCAUCUGUCAAAGUAGCUGUGACAGUUGAUGCUCCUGCUGUUGUUAAACUGGUAAUGGAUCGUCUUAUGGAUUCAUGAACCAACCAUGAAGAUUUUCGAUGGUAAUUGAAGAGGACAGGGGUUGGAGGUGCUCAGAAACCAAGGCGAAUCAAACAAACUCACAAAGC